CUGCUCUGCAGUCCGGUCCGAUCUGCAGUAUGUCCGCAGUCUCUGGUCAUCUCCUGUACUAUGUCCGCAGUCUCUGGUCAUCCCCUGUACUGUUUCCGCAGUCUCUGGUCAUCCCCUGUACUGUGUCCGCAUUCUCUGGUCAUCUCCUGUACUGUGACCGCAGUCUCUGGUCAUCUCCUGUACUGUUUUCGCAGUCUCUGGUCAUCUCCUGUACUAUGUCCGCAGUCUCUGGUCAUCCCCUGUACUGUUUCCGCAGUCUCUGGUCAUCCCCUGUACUGUGUCCGCAUUCUCUGGUCAUCUCCUGUACUGUGUCCGCAGUCUCUGGUCCU